ACAAUAGGACACACACUGCCUUCGAACUGCAACAGGUAUAUAAAGGUAGACCAGAAGCUUAGAACGACGCAUUUGAGCCACAUCAACAGCUGACAGACUGACACCAUGGGCAGAGUCAUCUUCUACGAAGACAGGAACUUUCAGGGUCGCUCUUAUGAGUGUAAUAGCGACUGUGCUGAUAUGUCCUCCUAUCUGAGCCGCUGUCACUCAUGCAGGAUCGAGAAUGGAUGCUUCAUGAUGUACGACCGUCCUAACUACAUGGGAAACCAGUAUUUCUUUAAGAGGGGCGAGUACGCCGAUUACAUGUCUAUGUUCGGAAUGAAUGACUGCAUCAGAUCCUGUCGUAUGAUCCCUAUGCACAGAGGAUCCUACAGAAUGAGGAUCUAUGAGAGGGAGAACUUCAUGGGUCAGAUGUACGAGAUGAUGGACGACUGUGACAACAUCAUGGACCGCUACCGCAUGUCUCAAUGUCAGUCCUGUCAUGUGAUGGACGGUCACUGGCUCAUGUAUGAGCAGCCUCACUACAGAGGCAGGAUGUGGUACGUCAGGCCUGGAGAGUACAGGAACUUCAGCAAUAUGGGUGGCAUGAGAUUCAUGAGCAUGAGACGUAUCAUGGAUUCCUGGUACUAAUGUAAAAACAGGUUUAAGUUGCAAUAACAGAACUGCAAUAAAAUUUUCUUUAGAAACUGACAACGUGUGAAAACUUAUUU